GGCUGCUGCGCGCAUCUGGCUGUCCAGAUCGACGUUAACGGCCUGAGGAGGACGGCGACCUACCACAUCAUUACGCGAUGGGCAACACAAACCUCCUCGGGAGACCGACCAAAACUACCAGCGAGCUUUCGAAGCAAGAGAUGACCGGAGGGACGCCUGCACUCGAUGCGAAGAUCAGAAGGUCCAAGCCCGAGGCGGUCUGCUUUGUUGGCAAGGGAAUAUGGGAGGCAGUCUGGCGAUGGAGGUACGGGCGUGAUAUAUAUAUAUAUAUAUAUAUAGAUGAGAACCUAGGGAAGAGCGUGGAUGGCGUUGAAGAGCUGGACAGUCGAGGCAGGGUAUGGAAGGGAGCGGCGGUUUUCAUGACGACCAGCACAAGUGGGCUUGCGGCGAGCCUAUCACUUCAGGAAGAGAAAGCUAUCUGGAAGGCCCACUGUUUAGUUAGGAAGAGAUGGUGUUUGUAUUGAACAUGGAGCGAGAUUGAUGGUGGCACUUUAGCAGGUGGCAGAAGUCUG